AUCAUCUCUUGCAUCUCUCAUGCUGGAAAAAAAAUCUCUGCUAUUUAGAGGGAAAGAGCCAAUGAUAAACAUGCGGUUCUAGCAGAGUGGAGCUUAUCAGCUGUUCUGCUUUCAGGCUGUAGUGAAUGAAACGGCUGAGUGCAGGUGCUGCUGCUGCUCGGCUGUCAUCAGUUUUAUUGAGCCAGUAAAGAGCACUGGUCAAAAGAGUCUCCUGGCUUCAUUUGUUCUGCAGUAUGUGAAUGAAAACACUAUUCCCCACAUUCCUGUGUGAUUAAUUCCAAAUAAUGAGCGUUUAAACAUUUUGAAUUAAUUAGUGUGCGAACAGACACACGACUAGUCUCUGUGCUGAUAAUGGAAAUGCAGCACGUUCAGAUAAAAGAAAGUCAUGAAUCAAACAUUUCUCAAUGAAUUACACGUUGUUACUGUGUGAAUGAGACCAUUUACUGUAAAGAAUGUGGGCAUGUGGGAGGAAACACCCACAACACAGCAGGGCAUGGUGGUUUAUUGAGAUAUUGCAAAGAAAUGAGAAUGAUAUCGUACACAUUCACACAGUCGACCUUUGCCCCCAACGUCUCCCACACGCGCCGCCUUCGCCUCCUCAUGCAGCUCUCACUGCUGCGCUGCUCAGCAUUAAGAAGCUUAGGCCCGACGAGCUGCAGCACGAUGACAUCUUUCAUCUGGAAUAUUUAUGGGAUGUAAUGACACCGAAAUGAAUUCCAUUUCAUUCACAUGAAGUCACCAGUGUUUAGGAGGAGACACAUGGCUCCUGCCAGUCGCUGUUUGUCAGGCCAUACGUCACCCUGUCUCAGUAAACUGAAAAGAAAAAUGUGAAAUGCGCCUCGGUCUCUUCAAGGCCAGCUCCCGCUGAUGAGUCGAGGGUUUUCUUUCCUCCUUGAGUGUUCGAGACCGCAGCGCAGCCUCUCCCUUCCUGCCUUCCAGUGGUACCAGCCCUGCCUCAGGACAGAGAGACCCGGUGCAGAGAGAUUGCUCAUUAACAUUUCUGUGCUUGUAGGAUGAGAUCCAAAAGCAGUGGGGUGGACACCCCAGCCAAUGGGGUACUUGGAGUUCCACAGGGUGACCAAGAACAGGAAGUGAGCCUGCCUGUGAAGACCCUGAAGGCCAAAGUCCAGCAGAAAGAUGGUGAGGAAACAGUGGAGGUCGAGGUGAUCUCUGACAAAGACAAACCGUUGGAUUCCUCCAAGGCUGGAGAUAAAAGACAGAACACCCUGGAUCUGUCUAAAGAGGAUUUGCUGACACUGUUGGGAAUCAUGGAAGGAGAGAUUCAGGCCAGAGAGGAUGUUAUCUGCAUGCUGAAGUCCAAACACAGUUCCCCAGAAGCCCUUGAGUCACAGUAUGGCUCCGCGGUCCCUGGCUCGGCCCUCCAGGCCCUUCAGAGAGACGGCGUCAUCACAGGCACCAAACCACACAACCACAGUGUCUACCAGAAACCGAUGGCUGAGCUCGAGCGUCUGCAGGAGAAGCACAAGGAGACGUACCGGCGGAUGCUGGGUCAGCUGCUAUUCGCAGAAAAAUGCCACCGGCGAACCAUCCACGAGCUGGACACAGAGAAGAGGAAGCACGCCGACUACAUGAACAAGAGCGACGACUUCACCAACCUCCUGGAGCAGGAGAGAGAAAGACUGAAGAAGUUGCUUGAGAACGAGAAAGCCUACCAGCUCAGAAAGGAGAACGAACACGCCAAACGUCUGACCAAGGUGCGAGAGGAGCUGGUCAAGCUGAAGUCUUUCACCUUGAUGUUGGUCAAUGAGCGGCAGCAGCACCUGGAACAAAUAGACCAGCAGAGCCAGCGGGUCCAGGAGCUCAGCCAGCAGCUGCAGCAGCGUGAGCAGGCUCUAAGUGAAGCCAGGCAGCGUGCUCAGGAAGAUGGACACAGGGUGCUGAGCCUCGAGGCCGAGCUUAAAGAGAAAGCCGACAAGCUCAAGCAACAACACGAAGAGAUGAGUGCCAAGCUAGCCGGUCAGGAGCUUCUCAAUCGUCAACUAAAUACAAAACUUUCAGGCCUCACAAAUGAGGUUGCGGAGCUACAGGAAAGCAACAGAGCACUGAGGAGAUCUGAGGAGGAACUGCAUGAGCUAAGGGAGAAGAUCAGCAGGGGGGAGUGUGACAACUCAAACCUGAUUGCUGAAUUAGAGAACUUGAGAAAACGAGUGCUGGAGAUGGAAGGAAAGGAUGAGGAGAUUACUAAAACAGAAAAUCAGUGUAAGGAGCUACGGAAGAGGCUACAAGAGGAGGACAAUAAGAGUAAAGACCUCAGACUGGAAGUGGAGAAGCUCCAAAAAAGAAUCAUGGCAUUGGAAAAACUCGAGGGAGCAUUUAGCGUUAGCAAAGUCGAGUGUGCACAGUUACAGGGUGCUCUAGAAAAAGAGAAGGGCCUGACCAAAGAGCUUUCAGACGAAGUUGUGGCUCUCAAGAUUCGUAUGAAAGAGCUCGAGUCAUCUGAGAUAAAGCUGGAAAAGUCUGAGCUGAGCCUUAAGGAUGACCUCAGUAAGCUUAAAUCACUGACCGUCGCAUUGAUGGAAGAACGAAAGACCCUGAUGGAAACAGUGAAGUCAUGUGAGGAGAAAAAGGACGAUUUAAGCAACCUGGUCAAAGCUGAGCAGAAUAAAGUUAUGGAAGUGACAGAGAAGCUGAUAGAAGAAAGCAAAAAGCUCCUAAAAUUGAAAUCAGAGAUGGAAACCAAAAUAGAGACUUUAACGAAUGAAAAGGGCGAGCUUAGCACUAAGCUAGCUUAUGAAAUUGAUAAAACUAAGGACCUUAGCUCUAAAGUCAACCAAAUGAAAAAGAAGUUAGAUGGAUUUGAGCAAGCAGAAAAACUUUCUGGAAAGAAUUCAGUGAAAUGUGACAUGCAGAGAACAUCUGAGCCCAUCAUCAGAGACGACAACAAAGUUAAGGAGCUGACGUUUGAAAUUGAGCGCCUGAAAAACCGUCUCAAACAGCUCGAAGUGGUAGAGGGAGAUCUUCUCAAGACAGAGGAUCAGUACGACAUGUUGGAGAAAAAGUUCAUGAGUGAACAGGACAAAGCCAACAUUCUGUCCCAGCAGGUGGAGGAAAUGCGGACUCAGAUAGCACGGAAUAAAGCGAUCGAGAAAGGAGAGGAGGAAAGCCAAGAGGAAGAUCUGCGUCAACGUUGCAAGAGAGAGGAGGCCAGAACCAGGGAACUGCAAGGCGACGUGGUAGCGCUCAAGGAGAAGAUCCACGAACUCAUGCACAAAGAAGACCAGCUUUCUCAGCUCCAAGUGGACUUCUCCGUCCUGCAGCAGAGGUUCUUGGAAGAAGAAGAGAAAGCCAAGAACAUGAGCACUGAAGUUUUCCAUCUCACCAAAGAACUGGAGAUGGCUAAGCGUCAAAGUCGAGCGCUGCGACCCAGCUUGAAUGGGAGAAGAAUAGUGGACGUGGCGGUGACCUCCACUGGCGUGCAGACAGAAGCGUCGUCCUCCGAGCCAGCAGAGGAGGAUACCCCGGCUGGCUUUAUAAGAAAGUCUGUUCAAGAAGAGAACCACAUUAUGAACAACUUAAGACAGAAGUGCCUGAAGAAGCCAGCAGAGAAAGGCAGUGCUGUUGAGCGUUCACCUUCAUCUGGCAGUGAUUUAGGUAUCAAGAGAUCUUGGAUUCCCUGGAUGAGGAAAAAGGACAACAGCCCUCAAGAGACCCACCUGGAGAAGCCACUGCACAAUGGAGAGAGCUUCUCCUCUGAGCUGACCAUGCCCCAGAAGCCAGGUCAGCCUUUCCACAUCCGAGUGACACCAGAUCACCAAAACAACAUGGCAACUCUUGAAAUCAGAAGCCCGACUGCUGGGGACGUUUUCUCUAGUUCCGCUCCCCUCAGCCCCAAUCCAUCUCAACCCAAAUCCAGAAUCACCAUCAUUCCCACCGGCACUGCUCCGACCCAGCGGAGAAAGUCCCCCGCUGUGUCUCAGGGCCCCGAAAGGGCCAAGUCUCCAGUCACUAUCACAGCUAUAUCUAGAGCCAAGUCUCCAGAAACCAGCCGAACCUCCUCCACUAACUCAGGAAGACCCUUGUCCCCUGUCUCCAUCAUGACAGUGAGCACAGCUGUAGCGUGCGAAGCAUCUGCCUCCCCAGAACCUCAGGAGAUGACCAUGGGCCGAGCCGUGUUCAAGGUUACCCCCGAGAAGCAGAUGGUCCCAUCCCCUGUACGAAAGGGUCACGGCAACACGAGUAUCAUCACCACGACUGACGAUAGCAAGAUCCACAUUCAUCUAGGCAACAACAUCGCCCCAAAGAUGGUCGUCAGGCCGGUGGCUGCUGUCACAGAGAGCAAGGAAAUGACCUUAUCGACUGGGACAGUUUUGCGCUCGCCUCGUCAAAUCACCACCACUACUACCAGGAGCACGCAGAGCAAAGUGAUGAGCAGCAUUACAAUUUCUCCUGUUACGUCCUCCUCUUCCAGAACGACACAAGGCAUGACCGGGCACGAUGCCCAGCCACCGCGCUCAGGGCUGACCCGCAUCCCAAUGUCCAAGAGCCUGAAGACGGGAAAGGCUGCACUGGGAUCCCUGGGGGUCUCCGGUGGAGUGAAACUGGAGUCGCGGGCUGAGAGUCAGUCUAUGAGGAUAGAAGUUAAGAAAUCCAGCGUGAAUAGCAGUACUUUACAGAAUGGAGGAAAAGCCUGAGAGACACAGUACCAAACGUAUCUACAUGGUGCUUCAGAGAGAUUCAUAGUAAAAGCUGUGGUGUUUGAGUACAACUCAACUAUAGUUUACAAGGCAUUUCUUUAUUAUUAUUAUUAAGCAGGAGACUGAUUUUAUACUUUUUAUAAGGUAUUUUCUACUUCUUUACUUCUUAUUUGCAUUUCUGCCAUUUAGACUGAAACAUCUAUGAUUUGUUUUGUUGUUUUUUACAGUGUGUUGUGAUGGGCAUUUGGGUAAGACUUUGCUGCUAUCAAUGGCUUCUUUCUUGGGGUGGAUAUUUAAUCUAUAAUGAGUUUAUUUGUUUUAUAUUAGACACAAAAAGUACACAAUUAUGUGAAAAUUUGGUGCAUUUCUAAAGGAUUUGUAUUGAAAAUAUUGUAAAUAAAAGUGAUAUUAGAGCAAAGUGUGGUGUGAUCAUUUAUGCAGACAUUUAUGUUAACUCAUCUGUGUACCUGCAGUUGUGACAACCAGUGCUUCUUGCCUGGGCCUGCAUCCAAGGAUUGAGGGAAAUGAAAAAAUUCAUUUCCUGUGCUUUACGUAAAUAUUUUUGGAAUAACAAAUAUUCUGGUUGAUUCCUGUAAUAUAAACAAAAAUCUUUAAAAAGCAAUGUGCACGAGGCCAGACAAAGAAAACAAUGAGACAGUGACGGUGCAAGAAGCAGAGGUCGUGGAGGUAGAUGUGCUUAAACACCUGGGGUCAAGCAUCCAAAGAGAGGUGAAGGAGAAACCCGGAACAACAUUUAUUAUGAUGAUGUGGGAACAACACCAACACGAUGAUGUCAGAUCAUCCGGAAAGCACUGCCAGGGGUGAUUUGUGACAAAAGGAUAGCAGCAAGAGGGAAAGGGAAAGUUUACAAGAUGGCAGUGAGACCUGCUGUGAUGCAUGGUUUGGAGAUGGUGACACUGAAGAUUUUGAAGGUUUUCAUUGGGAGUGACCAGGAAGUGAGGUUAGAGAGGUGAGGUUGAGAUAGCUUGGACAGAGGAGACACUGGACAAAGGAUGGUAAAUAUGGAGCUAUCAGGUAUGAAGAAAGGAAGAAGACAACAAAGAAGCUUCAAGGAUGUAGUGAAGGAGGACGUGCAGAGGUUUGGUGUAACUGAGGAGGAUUCUAGGGACAGAGUGAAAGGGUGGCAGAUGAAUCACUGUGAAAACCCCCAAAGAGAAGGAAGAAAGGCAGGUGGAGGA